AGCAGGGCGAGAGAGCGAGCCUGAGUUCGCACCAGUUCGCUCCUCACUCAGUUUAGACGGAGUCUCUGAAGCGACCGCACGGCAGGGGAGGUACACUCUGCCAAAUCUCAGGAUACCCCUUUAGACUUUUGGGACCAGCACAAAUCCGCUAGAUGUGGGCGCACGCACCAAGAGCUGUAAUCCCGUAGAUAGCCCACCACCGCACGAGAACUGAGGAUUCUACCAGGAGCAGAAAAAGGGACAACUUUAUUGCGCGUUUCACGCUGUCAACUUGCAUCCACACACGUUUAGUUCUCUUUUUCCUAUUUUCUGUGCGGCUCUCAAUUUGAACUGAAACUCAUCAUAUUGGAUCGGGCUUAUAUUUGAAUUAUCUUCAACGACACUGAAUCAGUCAAUAAGGAUGAGGAUGUGUUGGGGUGCCGUCAGCCUGCCGCUGGCCCUGGCCCUGGUGCUGGGGACGGCACUGGCCCAGAAGCUGCCCACGCGGGACGAGGGCCUCUUCCAGAUGCAGAUCCGCGACAAGGCCGUCUACCACGACACCUCCGUCAUGCCCGACGGAGCCGAGAUCAGCGGCUACCUCUUCAGGGACACGCCCAAAAGGUACUACUUUGUGGUGGAGGAGGACAACACUCCCCUGUCUGUGACGGUCACUCCAUGCGAUGCCCCACUGGAGUGGAAGCUCACCCUUCAGGAGCUGCCAGAGGAGGCCAGUGGAGAGGGAUCAGGUGAACCAGAGCCCCUGGACCAGCAGAAGCAGCAGCUGACCGCCAACGAGGGCACCACCAACGAGGGCACGGAACUCUUCAACUACAAGGGCAAUGACGUGGAGUCCUUCAUCUCCACCAGCUCCCCGUCGGGACUCUACCAGCUGGAGAUCCUCUCCACCGAGAAGGACAGCAACUUCAAGAUCUACGCCACCACCACGCCCGAGUCCGACCAGCCCUACCCCGAGCUCCCCUACGACCCUCGCGUGGACGUGACCUCGCUGGGCCGCACCACCGUCACACUGGCCUGGAAGCCCACGCCCACCGGCUUCCUCAUGGGCCAGCCCGUGCAGUACUGCGUGGUCAUCAACAAGGAGCACAACUUCAAGAGCCUUUGCGCCGCCGAGGCCAAGAUGAGUUCGCCUGAGGACAGCUUCAUGAUGGCGCCCAAGCCGGGACGCGACUUCAGCCCGUUCGACUUUGCCCACUUUGGCUUCGUGCCGUCCGAGAACGACUUUGGGAACAAGGACCGGGGCCUGUCCUCCAACCGGGCGCCAAGUGGCAAGCUUUCCAGUCGCUCGUAUGGCGGCCCCAAGCCCAAGGCCUCGGACAUCCAGAAGCUGUGCAUCGGCAACAAGAACAUCUUCACCGUGUCCGACCUGAAGCCCGACACGCAGUACUACUUCGACGUCUUCGCCAUGAACAGCGCCACCAACACCAGCACGGCGUACGUGGGCACGUUCGCCCGCACCAAGGAGGAGGCCCGCCAGAAGACCGUGGAGCUCAAGGACGGCAAGAUGGCCGACGUCUUCAUCAAGCGCAAGGGCACCAAGUUCCUGCGCUUCGCCCCCGUCUCCUCCCACCAGCGCGUCACCCUCUUCGUGCACGCCUGCCUCGACAACGUCCAGGUGCAGGUGCGUCGUGACGGCAAGCUGCUGCUCUCGCAGAACGUGGAAGGCGUGCGGCAGUUCCAGCUGCGCGGCAAGGCUAAGGCUAAAUACCUGAUCCGGGUGCGCGGCAGCCGCAAGGGGGCCUCCACCAUGAAGGUCCUGGCCAGCACGCGGCCCAGCAGCAAGCAGCCGUUCCCGUCGCUGCCCGAGGACACGCGCAUCAAGGCCUUCGACAAGCUGCGCACCUGCUCGUCCGUCACCGUGGCCUGGCUGGGCACGCAGGAGCGCAACAAGUUCUGCGUGUACCGGCGCGAGGUGGCCGAGAGCUACGGCGAGGAGCAGCGGCGGCGCGAGCAGAACCAGUGCGCGGGGCCCGAGACGCGGCGCAAGUCCGAGAAGGUGCUCUGCAAGUACUUCCACAGCCCCAACCUGCAGAAGGCCGUCACCACGGAAACCAUCACGGGUCUGGAGGCCGGCAAGAGCUACCUGCUGGACGUUUACGUGGUGGGCCACAGCGGCCACUCGGUAAAAUACCAGAGCAAACUGGUGAAAACGAGGAAGUACUGCUAAGAGAAAAAAACAAAACAAAAUGAAAAACAAAAAGAAAAAAGAGACUGCACAGAAGAAAUAUAUUAUAUAUAUAUUAAAAAAAGAAGUUUAUUUAACUCUAAGUGAUAUUCUACUAAGGAGUGUAUACAAGACUGACUACUCACACAGCUGGUAGGCUUGUGGCAGAUGAUGGAACUGCUUUUUAGCGAGAGAUACCGACCUGUAUAUUUAUGUUUACAUUGCCAAGUCGAGACGUUUUUGGGCCAGAGC